CUCCCCUCACCCCCUCCCACCAUGCACCGCUCGCGCCAGUGGCCGGCGUGCCCCCCCUCCCCGCCGGCAGGGAGCGCGUCGUCGCCAGCGACGAUAUGCACAAGCACCGACGUGCCGCCGCCGCCAAUAGCCGCCUCCGCCGCCUCUGCCCCGCCCCACCAGGCCAAUACCGCGCCAUCCGCCCCCGCGCCCCCGCCGACCCCGCACACGGUCGCGCCCGUCACCAUCCCCUCGCAGGCCCUCUCGCCGCCCACGCCGGCGCCGAGCCCCACCCCAACCGAACGCUGGACGUACGCCUCCAUCAACGACCUGGCCGACGACGGCGCGAGCAUCGACUCUGUCCCGCGCUUGGACCAGCAAGACAUUGAAGUCGACAUGCCGAACCGCGGUACAGAGCUCCUCCAAGGAUUCCGAUGCCUCACCAAGGCAGAGCGCUUCGCAUUCCUCAACUCGCUCAUCGGCGAGCUCCAGCUCAACGAGGCGCUGGUUGUGUCGAGCAAGAUCUCGCCACGACUCAAGCGUGACUUCCUCCGCGACCUUCCUGUCGAGCUCGCGCUUCACUGCGUGAGCUACCUCGAUGACGCGCGUACUCUUGGCCGCGCCAUGCGCGUGUCAAAGUACUGGAACGAACUCUUGCAGGACGAGCGUCUCUGGCGCGACAUGUUCAAGCUCCAGCUCUACCGCCCCAACCUUCCUUUGUCCCAGGCUCCCCAGUCACCUCCACCUGCAGCUGGUGCCGAGACGGCACAGCCGCCCAAUGCCCCUACCGCCGCGGCCGACGCGCCGAUGCUCGCCCCUCAACGCGAGCGCCCCUCCUUCGGCCCUAUCGCCAAGAUUCGCAGGCCUCUCCUCCAGCCCCAGAGCUACCGCGAGCAGUUCCGCAACGCCUUCCUCACUGAAUCCAACUGGAUCAAAGGAGGCCGCCUCCUCACCACCCAUGCUUCCAUCGGAGACAGCGUCGUCACCUCGCUCGUGGUCAACGACGAGCACAUUGUCAUCGGCAUGGCCAACUCGAAGAUUCACGUCUUUGACGCUGCGUCCGGCCACUUCCGCCAAUCACUCAUCGGUCACGACCUUGGUGUCUGGGCUCUUGUUCUUGUCUCUCCCCGUCGCACCGACCGCAGUCGCACCUACGACACUCCCCAGCGGUCCUCGUCGGACACUGGCGCCUCGCGCAGGGCAUCCUUUACUGGCGCAACGCCACCAACUCGCUCCACCCCUGCCUUCCCUCCAACUCGUACCGCUUCAGACGACCACAUGCGUUACCCGCGCCAGACCAAGCGCAUGCGCUCGAGCGACGUCUGCGGAUCGGCUGCAGGCUGGGGCGCCAAGGCGACCCUCGUGGUCAGUGGUGGUUGCGACCGCGACGUUCGCGUUUGGAACAUUGCCACUGGCGAGUGCAUCCACAAGCUCCGCGGUCACUCGUCGACCAUUCGCUGUUUGAAGGUUCUCGAUGGCCGUCCUAUUGCCGUGUCCGGCUCGCGCGACUUUACUCUCCGCGUCUGGGACAUUGACAGAGGACGCAUGCUGCGUGUCCUUGAGGGCCACGAGCAGAGCGUGCGCUGCAUCGAGGUUGCUGGCAACCAGGUCGUCAGCGGCAGCUACGACUACACGUGUCGCCUUUGGGACAUUGACACCGGCGAGUGCCUCCAGGUCUUCGAGGGCCACUACCACCAGAUCUACGCCGUGGCGUUUGAUGGCGAGCGCGUCGUAUCGGGCUCGUUAGACUCGACUGUCCGCGUCUGGGACGCCGGCUCGGGCGAGUGCCUCGCCAUCCUUCAAGGCCAUACGUCGCUCGUCGGCCAGCUCCAGCUUUCCGGCGACCGUCUCAUCACUGGCGGCUCGGACGGCCGCGUCAUCGUCUUUGAUCUUACCGACAACUCGUGCGUGCACCGGCUGUGUGCGCACGACAACUCUGUCACCUGCCUGCAGUUUGACGACCGCUUCAUCGUCUCUGGCGGCAACGACGGCAGGGUGAAGCUGUGGGACAUUCAGACCGGCACGCUCAUCCGUGAGCUCACGCGCCCAUGCGAGGCCGUGUGGCGCGUGUGCUUCCGCGACGACAAGUGUGCCAUUCUCUGCCAGCGCAACGGCAAGACUGUUCUCGAGGUGAUUGGGUUCCGCCCCGAGGACGACCUUCCUCCUCCAGAGCCACUGUCGCGCACCCCCGACUGGUGAGGAAGGCCAGUGAGGGCAUACAUUGCACGCGCCGGGGCGUCGUUUUUACCAGGGUUGUUUUGGUGUUACCCAUACUUGUACAACUGUCACGUCACGAUCCAUACAAUAUGUCAUGU